AUGGAAAGGUUAAGGCCUAUCGACACGUUUGGGUGGCUCAACGGUCCCGAGAAGCUUUCAGCUCUACAAGGAGCAUGUGAAGAACUUGAGAGAGAACUUGGCGCUUGUAAAAAUACCAACGCUUUGAAGGAAGACAUAAGCUUGUUUUCAUCCGCCUUGAAUGCUAGUUCUGACCAACUACCGCCAUAUGCACUCGAAAAAUUUGCAAAGCGGCUACAAGCGCUUCUCAAAGACUUGGAGGCCAGGAACCGCAAAGGUUCGUUAACAAGGUUUAAGUUUAGGCGUAAGCCUACUGCACCACCCACUAUCGGUACUACUCCGACUAAGACACCCUUAAGUAAUAGGGCGAAACUCUCUGAUUCAUCGGGGCCAACACGGGAUCAAACUCUAGUUGUUACGCAUGCAGCUGCUUCCUAUGAGAAUCUAGUUCACUGCAACAUUUCUUACAAUGCGCGGGAUAGGCAAAAUGAUCUUAACUCUCUUCAGUCUGGCUCGUCAGCUCUUUCCCUGCGCUCACUUGACAGCUGCAUCGUGAAGCUUUUGGGCGUUCCCUUCAAUCGAGGAAGUGUUUACAUCGAGAACGCAAUAGAUUCACUGGUGCUUAUUAAAAUCCAAAGUGGAGCCGACAUCCAGGUUAGGUUGUUUGGCCUAAGGAAUUGUAAACUGUACAUUAUUCAAGAAGGCAUGAGGCGUCAAGCUGUCAUUCUGGAAAAUUGUCAGGACUGCUGUUUUCACACUGCAAUGAAAGAAGGGGCCGAUAUCCAAGAUUUCAGUAACAUUAGUAAAUGCCUAACUGACGGGGGAGAGCAUUUUCACUUCGAAGCCUUUGACACUGAUGAUAGUAGUAUUGCCGCUCUCUCAAAUUGA